AUGCAAGAUAUACCAGAAGCCGAUGUCAGAGUUGCCGAACGUGAAAUCACCAUGAUUCAAUUACUCCAAGCACAGAAGGAAGGGCGUAUAUUAGAAAUGUUUGGAUCAGGGACGGCAUGUACUGUUAGUCAAGUCGGCGAAAUACUUUACAAGGGCGAGCGACUCAGAGUACCCGCCCCUGUAAAGAACUCAUUAACAUCAAGAGUAUAUGAUCGGCUUUCGGAUAUCCAGUCCAUUGUAUGCAUGAUCAUUUCCAAAGUUGGAUCGUGGGCGUGGUACAUUCCCAGACGUUUCGCCGGCAUUGUAGUUGGCGUCGUCAGUGAGUCUCGCCAUUCUCAGCACCACACAACAGCUCGUCAAGAGACAAUUGAAACCGAUCCUUUGACCAAACGUGUACUAAACAAUUGUGGUAUCUCCCCUUCUGCCCUGGACUAUUCACGUUUCCUAUAUCCUUAUGUAGUGUGGUGUACUGCUAUGAACUGCAUUCAUGAAAACCCUCUACACUCCACCUCUGUACUGGGAAUGUUGAUCAGAGUCUGCCAUAUUGUUACGCAGUCAUCCUUCCCUAGGUCUUAUCACAGUCUCUCCUGCCCCGUAAGAUCCGUCUGCCAUAUCCCUGGUUCACAUAAUUCACUCGACCCCUGCCACCUCAUCUGUGCUAUUCGAGGCAUUAUUCGCCCUCCCCUGCGACCGGGUGACUAA